AUCGAUGCUUUAAUUCUAGGCACAUUCGCUGAGGAAUUUACCUCCCAUCCUCCUUUUUCCUUCAAAGCUAUCGACGCUCUUUUUUCUUUAUUUUAACUUCCUCAAAAGCCCGAUUUUGUAAAGUACCUUUGUGUAUACUUCGAAAACACAUAAAUGUGCUUUUAUUUCCGUUGGUGAUAUGGAUUAAUUUGGCGAUGCUUGCUAAAAUUGACUGGAUGUAAUUGCUCCACCUGACCAUGCAGAAUAUCCAGAACAACACGCUGCAAGGAUUAGUGUUGUUUACAUAGAUUACUGCGUUUAUACACAGCGUAUAUUUACACAUCAAAUCGCUUUCUUAAUUUUAGCACAUCUUCCAAGAAAGGGAAAAGAGAAGAGAAGAAAGAAGGAAACCCCAAAGAGAGUCAUGUCCUUCAGGAGGGGUGUUGUGAGGCAGAGUAAGUUCAGGCAUGUGUUUGCUCAGGCCUGGAAGGCUGAGCACUGUCUUGAUGAUGUCAGAGUGUCCCGUGUGACGUGGGACGGCCCUCUGUGUGCUGCCAAUCCCAAGUUCAUCGCCGUUGUCAUUGAGGCUGGAGGAGGUGGAGCCUUUCUUGUGUUGCCACUCGCCAAGAGCGGACGAGUGGACCAGAACACGCCGACAGUCUGCGGCCAUGCUGCGCCAGUGCUGGAUGUGCAGUGGUGUCCACAUGAUGAUAAUGUCAUCGCCAGCGCUUCAGAGGACUGCACUGUCAAGAUCUGGCAGAUUCCUGAUGGAGGUCUCAUGUCUCCCAUGUCCGAAGCUGUGGUGACUCUGGAGGGUCACAGUAAAAGAGUGGGCAUCUUAGCCUGGCAUCCGUCUGCACUGAAUAUCCUGUUGACUGCAGGAUGUGAUAAUGUGCUUUGUGUGUGGGACGUGGGCACUGGAGAGCUGGUUUACCAGCUAAGUGAUGCCCAUCCAGACCUGAUCUACAGUGUGAGCUGGAACCGCGAGGGAAGCAUCCUGUGCACCACCUGUAAAGACAAAGCCUUGCGAGUCAUUGAUCCCCGGCGUGGGACUGUCCUAAAGGUUCGAGAGAAGGCUCAUGAGGGCACCAGGCCGAUGAGAGCUGUAUUUCUGGCUGAUGGCAAAAUCCUGACAACCGGCUUCAGUCGCAUGAGUGAGAGACAGCUUGCCCUCUGGGACACGAGAGAUCUCUCAGAGCCCAUGGCCACUCAGGAAAUGGACACCAGUAAUGGAGUUCUGCUUCCAUUCUAUGACCCAGACACCAACAUGGUUUACUUGUGUGGCAAGGGGGAUUGUACCAUUCGUUACUUUGAGGUGACGGAUGAGUCACCGUAUGUUCAUUUUCUGAGUCUGUACAGCAGUAAGGAGCCACAGAGAGGUGCUGGUUUUCUAAGCAAGCGAGGAGUGGAUGUCAACAAGUGUGAAAUAGCAAGGUUCUAUAAGCUGCAUGAGAGGAAGGUUGAGCCCAUAUCUAUGACUGUGCCAAGGAAGUCUGACCUGUUUCAAGGGGAUCUGUACCCGGAUACAGCGGGAUUGGAACCGGCUCUUCUGGCGGAGGAUUGGAUAGCAGGACAGGAUGCUCCUCCAGCCCUCGUUUCCCUCAGUGGAGGCUAUACAGCUCCUCCAUCCAAAGGCGGGACACUGAGAGGACGACCCAAACUGCUCUCUCCGACUAAUACUAGUCCCACCAGCACUACUGCACCAGCAAACCCUGUGACGGUUGAGAUGGAAAGCGAGGGUUUGAGCCACGGGCGAGGUGGAAGAGAUGUAGAUGGUGGGAUAGAGAGAGUGAAGAAAGAGGAGGACCAGCUUUCAGACAUCCUGACGGAGGUCCGGGCUCUGCGCGCUCUGGUUCUGGCUCAGGGUCACAGGAUCGAUGUUCUGGAACGGCAGCUCGCGCGCAUCGAGGAUGGCGAAGUGUGAUGGAAAAAACCACAAACACAUCACGACACAUAGCCUUAUUACCCAGAUUCAAAGAGCUUCACUGAAGGCUUAUGGGAAAUGUAGUUCCAUUACUAGUGACGUAGAGAUACAGAGAGACCUAACUGAGCUUUAUUGAUUACAAAUGCACUGAUACUUAAUAUGGUAAAUGCUGCUCGUUUUGUGCUUCUAAUAGGGCUGUUUCAUCAGGUACUUGCUUCUGCUAACUACAGAUACUUAAUUCUGAAUUUGGUUAUGUCGACGUUUGCAUAAACAUGCAAAGUUUCAAUGAAAAGCAGACUUGAUGGUCUCUAGUAGCGUGCAUUAAGACGGCAUCUAACGAAUGCUUCUGCUUAAUAACAGUAGCGUGAAACCUUCAGGAAUUGCUAUAAUCCAACAUGCUGAAUUAAUUUCUUGCUUCGGCUAAAGUUUGAUGGUGCUUCUCAACGUAGAUCGACCAGCACUGUUCCUCUCUUCCAUUUUACUGUAUGUCUUAACACAUGUAGCAUUGAUUUUUGAAUGCCGGUAGUCAGAGUUUUGUGUGUGCGUGUGUGUGUAGCAUGUGAUAGAAACUGUACUUGAUGUUGAAUGAAAUUUGUGAAGGAUCCAUAUACCGGAGCAAGAUAAGCUUGUAGAGCAAACAGCAAAAAAUAAUAAUACAGAUGUAGAACGAUUAAAAAUGUCCAGGUUACAUUCAAAAAACAUGCUUUUUUUCUUGCUGUUGAGACUUUCAAAUAAUUGUAAGCACAUGUUUUGCUUUUUACUUCUUAAUUUAUUCUUGUUAAAUUCCUAAUACUUUAAUUUUGGAAGUCGUUUUACCUUAUAUUACAGUUUAAAUGCUCUUUUUUUAACAUGUAAACAGGAUAAUGUUUAAUUUAAAGUGCACCUAUGAUUAAAAUCAUCCUUUGUAAGCUGUUUGGACAGAACUAUAGUGUAGGUAUAGUGUCCACAGUCAUAUUGGAGUGAUAGAAACACAAGAAGUCUCUUUUUUUAUAUUUCCUGACGUUAAAAUAUGAUCCAAAUCCCUUUCAUUUUUAGGCCCACCGCAACGUGACAGAGAAGCGUGGUUUUCCCCACUCACUGAAUUGAAUGACAGCCGCUUUUUAACAUGUCUCCGCUUAUAAACAUAUCCACGAGAGAGAACCUGUGCUAAGCAACUAGGAUUAAAAGAUCCGUUCAGCUCUCUGUGAUCAUCUGUACCUCAAGAAUAAGUUUAACAAGUUUAAAACAUUUUUAGCUCGGUGCAUGUUUGAAAUAAAUACAGUAAAAUUGAUAUGUAAUUCAUCACCACAGCCGCAUGUCAGUACAAUUAUAAAAGAAGAUACUUCUAUCCUGGCUUGUAGAUGUUAAAUCAGGUUUAUUUUGUACAUUACAUAACAUAUGUCCAUAUAGAAGUGGAUAUUAAUGUGUAUCCUGUCACACUUACCAUGUAAAAACAUGCUUUAAACAUUGUAACAACAUUUUGUGUGACUCAUCUUUGCAGAAAAGCUUGAAUUAUCUCCACAACAAAUACAUCAAAUAAUCAUUGGGAAAGUUCUUACUUUAGUAUUCCUCACUUACGGUUUGUGAGAUCUGCUUGCUUAUUGUCUGUCACUGUGCUGUUUAUUUAAUGCAGCAUGAGAUGAAGACACACAUCAAAGCAAUAGGGAGUGAUCUCUGUGGCUCUGAUGGCAUGUGGUAAGGUUUGGUAGGGAGAACUAGCUCAUUUGAAUUAAAGGCACAGGCAACAAAAACAGCUACAAUGUGCUAAGAGCUGUACAUUCUAAUGUUCAUAAAGGUAUAAUAAAUAAUCUAAUGGGUGGGUAAAACUGAAACCUUACAGACACAUUCUAUAGACACUAAAGUUUUAUCUAAAAUCUUGAAAAAGGGGUAAAAUAGCUGCCCCUUAAGGUGGUACAGUAUGAGCACCUAUACAGUACAGUAUGUGAUAGUGUACAAUCUCUUUAGGCAAAGACAAAACACUAGAUUCAGAUCUUUUUAUUGACAUUUUAAAUAUCAAUAACACUGACUUCAAAAAGAUUUGGAAAAUCAAAGCAAUCCAAAAAUAACAUUAUGGAAAGUAUUUUAAUUUGACAUUUUAUUUUAUUAUUUUUUGUCCACUUAUUUACAACUAAUUAUCAAUAUUUCUGACAUUCCAAUGUUUUGAGACACUAUAAAUAUUACAGGCUGACCAAAUAAUAUUUGCUCUGAAAACAAGCUCUCUUUUUCUAUUCAAUUUACUCGUAUUCUUGUCUUUCAUUUGUGUCACCUGGAUAUGUCAUUGCCAGUUUUGUUUAGAUUCAUACCUCUUAAUGAAUAACUGUUUUAUUCCUGUUUGAUUGACUAUGAAAUCUAAUAGUAGAACGAUGUGGUGUUUCUAGCUUUAGCUGGUGGUGUUUUUGUAUUCGUUUUGUUUUAAGUUGCUCUUUAAUCAUUGGCACUACAAUCAGGGAAGACUCAAAGCGAGGGUCGACUCAUGCUUCUCUGCGGAUGAUUUUCGUUAUGUCUAGCUGUACAUGUUGUAAAUUAUCUAAGGACCCAUUUACUUCAAACUUAAGUGCUAACUUACACUGUUCUUUUUAAUAAAUGACAUUUGCCCA